AUGACAGAUCCAACGUCUUCUCCCACCCGUCCAGAUAUGGUAGAAGCUGCUCGGAAAUUCAUGCUAACGCCUAAAGUGAAAGAGACGCCGUUUGAAGAGCAACGACAAUUCUUGUUAGGAAAAGGAGUAACGGAAGCAGAAAUUUUGGAGGCAAGAGCGUCUAUUCCACCAGAACAACUGAGAAGCCAGAUCGGAAUGGAUCAUGGGAACCCACCAAUGAUGAUGAUGAUGGAAUCAAAACAGAAUGGCAUCGUUUCAUUCGCUCAAUCGGCGGUCGUUUUGGGUUCAAUCUCGUAUGCUGGCUAUCGAUUUGUCCGAUCUUAUAUUCUUCCGCGAUUCUUUGAUAUUCCUGAUCCAGCGACCGAAGAGAUACGACAGCUGCAGUCGCAAGUCAACGAUCUUCAGAAUUCGAUCAAGUUCAUCAUGGAUUCGGUCUCUCAGACGACACAACAACUUGCCACACAACAAGCUGAAAUAUCUAGAGCACUGUAUUCCGUAGCCAACAGAGAUGCAGAUUUGAAUCGAGUAGAGAGCGGAAUUUCUACGAUCAAGAGUUUACUUCUCAGCCAACACAAUUUUGCACCCAUAGUGACACCCAGUGUAUCUUCAUCGAUUCCAUCAUGGCAACAGAGUGCUACUUCUGCAACUUCAAUGACGACUACAACGACGUCCGAGGCCGCUUCUGGCUACGCCACACCUCCAGCCAACUUCAAAGAGGCAUCGCUGGCUGAUGAACUAGCAGACAUCGAGAACCUUGAAUAG